CAUUUUCAAGCAGGGAGUUUAUUUAUGUGUUGAACCUAAACCCAAAAAAGGGAACUUCUGUUUGCAAAUGUAACUACUCAGGAUGUGACUGUAGUUUCCCAAUAUAGUCAUGUGACCUGCUUUAGUUUGGUUUUUUUUUUUUUUUUUUUAAAGACACUGCAGAAGAGCUAAAUUCAGAAAAUUUGGGUGAAACCACUCUGUUGUCAAAACUUCACAAUGGCCUUACUAACAAGCUGGAUAUCAGUCCUAAUGGCAUUUCUUCUUCUCUUCCAUUUUUGGAGAGCAAAGGUCUAUGCUUCUGGAAACUUAGAGGAGGAAAUAGAUUUCACAUAUGUUAUUAUAGGAGUUACUCUGGGAGCACUUCUAGCAAUUGGUUUUGUAGCAGUAAUAAUCUGCAUGAUCAAAAACCAAAUGAUUGACAAUGUCUUUGGAGACUCAGAUGGCAAAAUGGAUAGAAGGUCGAACAUGGGAUCGAGCCAAAACAGAGAUGACAUCAAUGUACUAGGAAAACAAAGUACAAAUGAUCAAUAAUCCUUUUGGAAUCAACAGUUACCUGAUCUGAGGAUCAAUAGGAGUCUCUUGUGCACGGGCAGGAAUCUCACCAAUACCAAUUCCUUUCUUUGUUCUUUAAUUGAAAGACUGAUUGAUCGAUUACAGGAAGAGCUUAUAGUGCAUGCUAACUUCAAUCACCUGCACGCAAAAAGCCUGCAAUCCCCAACAGCAUGUAUAUGAAGGAAAUGUAUGGGGAAAAUAAAAUAGAUGAGCUCUGCUCAUUAAUAGAUCCUGUUUAGUCUGUGAUAAGCAUACGAUUGAUUUCUAAAAUCAAUUAAAUACAGGGUAAUCAAAAAGGUAGAAACACAUUUCAGCAGCAGAAUUUAUGGUCACGCCCAUAUUUCAAGUUAGGUAAAUAAUGACAGAAGUAACUUUAAAAAUCAUUAAUUUGAGUUUGAAAUAAAACAAGGUUUCUCAGGUUCUUCGGGAAAUACAUGUUUUGUGUUAAUAUGAAAACAUUUCAUUGACACUGAAGUUAUAUCUUUUUUUUAGCUUUAGGACUGAUGUCUUUUGUUUAACUGUUCAUGGCAAUGUUAAUUUCAGCCAUUUAAAAUUAAUUAUGGUCAUGUAAAAUGAAAAAUUCCUUUUUGAAAUAAUGUUUUUCAUGUUUUGUUUUUAGAACAUUGAAAUGAAAACAGUUUUGUAUACUAAAAAAAACACAUUUCUGGACAUCUGAAAGAAAACAUUUCAUGUCAACUUUCUACAAACAAGCUAAUCUGACAUUUCCAAAAUUCACCCAUCCCUAUUUUUUUAUUAUAAAACAAUGCACUAAGUUAAAUCAGAAACUGUGAAUAAUUUCAGUCUCCCAGCCCCUUCAAUCUUGUUCUAGCCUUAUAUAUUCUGUUGAAUUUGAUUUCAUCAAAAGUGCUUUGCCUGGCUCCAAUUACAAACUUCUUACAGUGGAAGUAACAACAAGAAAAAAUAGAGCUUUGUCUCAGAACUUUCAGAACAGUUUAAAUAAUUUUAAAUGGUUUAAACCAAAGUUAUUUUGUAAACACAUCCCAGCUUUUACCAAAGCUGUGAGCCCGUGGCUUUGGUCUUAGUUGAGAAAAUAAUGCUAUAGAUUCUAUUCUGUUUGUUUAAAUCCGCUUCUUUCAAGAAUGUUUUAUUAUAACAGUUAUUGUCAUCCCAAGGUGCGAGAAAAGCAGAAAGGUUUUUGUAUGUCAAGCCAGGCUUUCCUUUCAGCUUGUGAAGACAGGGCAGCAAAUGUCAGCUGUGGGAGCUCUGGGUGCACUGGUCUAGCAGCAAUGCCAUGCUGGGCAUCCUCUGCUGUUCCUACAGCUCCUCUCAGGAAACCCAGCAGGACUCAAAGGCUUGAGAGCCUCAGGUAGAUGGCAUGCACAACAUUACGUAAUAUCACAAUAUUUCACCAGCAUAGCUGUUAUGUCAUUGCAUUACAAGAUGGCUCCAAGCAGGAUGUUACACUAUUUUAUUGCCAUUUACAAAUAACCACUAGCCAGAUCCAAAGACCACAAACUAAAUAGAUUGGAUCUGCCUAAACUUUUAGCUCAGGCCAGUGUCUAUAGACAUAUGGACUUUUUAAUCUCUCACCUAACAUGCAUUUUUAAAGUUAACUUUUAAGCCAGUGUCUGCUCUUAGUUAUGCCAUGUGGCAGAUCAUAAUAAAUGAAGUUCUUUCCAGUUCUUCACUACUGUAAUAUAGCAGAAAUUAUUCAACUUAAAAAAAAAAAAAAAGACAAACAUUAGACUGAAGUCCAACCUAGAAAUUGUGUAGUAUUAAGAAAUAUCGCUCCAAAAAAAUCACAGAAGGGCCUUCCAUCCAAUAAUCAACUUUCAGACUGUGAAGAGCAGCAAUUAACCCCACACAUUAAAGGCAAAGCUGAUGUGCUGAGUCAGGGACUUAGAGUCAACACACUGUCAGAGCAUAAGAGCAGAUAUAUCAGAAUUUUGUUUCUAUGAAGAAUAAGCUACUGUACUACUUGUAACUGUAACUGAAAGGAUUUGAAUAUGUGAAUAUUAUCUCAGCAAAGCGGGUCAUUUUCCAAAUGUGCAAAGGAAACCGAAUGGUAAUUUUUUCACACAUUUUUGAACAGCAAAAUGUAAGGUUCAUUUUCAGAGAAAAUUGAUAUAUUGGAAUAAUUUCCCUGGAUUCCUAGGUGUCUGUUACCCAGUUCAGUAACACUGCAGUUCAUUAGCCGCAUUUGCUAAGAGAUAAACUAAAGCAGUAAUGUGAUACUUGUAAGUAAUUAUGUGUAUGUACAUGUGUAAGUGAAUAAACCAUCUUGUAAGGUA